AUGACGUUCAAAGACGACGACGAGAGGGCCAUCAAGGCCAUCCGCCUCUUGGCAGCCGAUGCAACCUUCAACAGCAAGUCGGGUCAUCCUGGAGCUCCCAUGGGAAUGGCUCCUGUAGCCCAUAUGCUAUUUUCUAGGUUUUUGAGAGGCAGUCCUGCGCAUCCUGGCUGGCUAAACCGCGAUCGCUUCGUACUCUCGAAUGGCCACGCCUGUAUUCUCCAGUACAUCAUGCUCCAUCUCCGCGGUUAUGAAAUCACAAUGGACGACCUUAAAACUUUCGACAUUACUCCUGGUCACCCUGAAAACUUCGAAACUCCAGGUGUUGAAGUAACGACUGGGCCGCUUGGGCAGGGAAUUGCUAACGCCGUGGGCCUCGCUAUUGCCCAAACACACACGCCAGCAGUUUUCAACCGUCCCGGCUUUAGCAUUGUCGACAAUUUCAUAUACUGCUUUCUCGGACACGGCUGCCUACAAGAAGGCGUUGUUUCUGAGGCCUCUUCCCUCGCCGGGCACUUGCAACUCGGUAACCUGAUCUGUAUCUAUGAUGACAACCGGAUCACUAUUGACGGAAACAUUAACUUCUCCUUCACCGAGGAUGCCGUUAAGCGUUAUGAGUCAUACGGUUGGCACGUGGUUGUGGUUGAAGACGGAAACACAGAUCUGGCCACGAUCGAGGCUGCCAUUCAACAGUGCAAGGAGGAGACGACAAGACCUUCUAUCAUCAAGUUGAGAACCACUAUUGGCUUUCUCUCGAAGAAGGCACUCAUGGCGUACAUGGAAACCCACUCAAGGCCGACAAUAUCAAGCAGCUCAAAAGAGGUUUACAAAGCAUAUAAAAACCGGGCAGCAGAAGGCUUGGCUGCCAAACGAGCUUGGGACCGCCUCAUGGCCAAGUACGCCGACCAAUUCCCCGAACUACACGCAGACCUGCAGAGAAGGCCUACUGGUACCUUGCCACAAGGUUGGGAGGCUGCCCUCCCUUCAUUUUCUCCUUCAGAUCCGGCGGUGGCAACCCGGAAGCUUUCCGAAACUGUCUUGUCCAAGAUACAUGCGAUUGUCCCCGAAUUGAUUGGAGGCUCGUCAGAUUUGACACCGUCCAACCUCACGCGGUGGGCAUCCGCAGUUGACUUCCAAGCCCCGGGCUUGGAGGACGUUCCUGGUGAUUAUUCAGGACGCUAUCUCCGUUAUGGCGUACGGGAACAUGCUAUGGGCGCCAUCAUGAACGGCCUUGUAGCUUACGAGACAGUCUUGCCGUAUGGCGGCACCUUUCUCAACUUUGUCUCUUAUACUGCUGGUGCUGUCCGCCUGUCUGCCUUGUCGCGUCUUCGGGUCAUCUGGAUGGCUACUCACGAUUCUAUCGCGCUGGGACAAGAUGGACCUACACGCCAGUCCAUCGAGACAUUGUCAGAGGACUACAAACGAUCUGUUCUUGGUUCUGGUGUGCCAUCUCUCUCCGUCGAGGCACUGAGCACGGUGGGUUGGCAGCGAUGGACUCAUCAGCAGUUUGGUAUUGACACCUUCGGCGCUUCUGCCCCUGCCGAUGUUCUGUUUGAGAAGUUUGAGUUUACCAAGGAAGGGGUAGCAAAGCGCGCCAUUGCAACCAUUGAGUUCUUCAAGAAGAAGUCUCAGUCGAUUGGGUCAACACUAGACCGCGCUUUUUAA